UGAAGGCUAUGCUAUGUACAUGAGUAUCCCAUGAGAUGGGGAGUCCUGGAAAUUCUUUCUGGGAGUGUUUUCCAUUUCACUCCUGGGAUCUUGGGCACAUGAGCACAUACUCUUGGCCUGAUUUUCAAGACACUGAGUUUGAGACUUGAACCAUGGACAGCCAUGUGGGAGUUUUGUGUACAUCUUUUGAAGGUGAAUGUUCACUCCAAGGAAUGGGAAUCAAUGACUUUCAGUGCCAACCCGGGGGACAGAGUGAAGAAGAUCAAUGAACAUGUCCGGUCUAAGACCAAGGUUUCCGUGCAGGACCAGGUUCUUCUGCUGGGCUCCAAGACCCUAAAGUCACAGAGAACACUAUCGUCAUAUGGCAUUGACAAGGAGACAACCAUCCACCUCACCCUGAGGGUGGUGAAGCCCAGUGAUGAGGAGUUGUCCUUACUGCUUGUGGAGUCAGGAGAUGAGGGUCAGAGACACCACCUCCAGGUGCGAAGGUCCAACUCAGUGGCCCAGGUGAAAAAAAUGAUUGAGAUCAAGACCGCUGUAACUCCUGAGGCCCAAAUUGUGACUUGCAAUGGGAAGAGACUGGAAGAUGGGAAGAUCAUGGCAGAUUAUGGCAUCAGAAAGGGCCAUGUGCUCUUUCUGACAUCCUAUAGCAUUGGUGGGUGAUUCCCUGGGAUGUCCAAAAAUUAAUGAGAAUGAGAUAAAAAGAGUAUCACUUGGGAUGGUGGGCAAGGUGUGUAUUUUCCAACUCUCUGAAUCUUUGAUUUAAUGAUUGACUGAAGUGACAGGUUUGUUUUUAAUGUAUGAAUAAGAAUAAAGCAGUUUUUAAAAGCUCAUUAGAAAUAGCACUCAGAAGUUAAAACAGAUUCUCUCUUGGUAUAUUGUAAUCUAUAGAAAAACUCCUAUUUUCUUUCAUAUAUGACAAGAUAGUAAAAUUUGAUGUUGAGAUCCAUGUUCUACUAAUUUUUGUGUUUCUAUGUUUAGCCUAGUGUUUCAUCUGUAGAAUUAGUCAAUGACUAUGUAAUCAAACUGAGCUUCUACUUAUAAAAAGAAUGAAAUGAUUUAUUAUGAAGUGAAUUAAUUACUUUGGUAUAAUC